AGCGGGAGGGAGGGAGAGAGGGAGGGAAGGGGGAAAAGAGGGAGAGAGAGGGAGAGACUGAGUGUGAGACCAAGUGAUCUGUGGAGCGGCCACCAUGUCUCUGGACGACCCUUUCUUUGUAGUGAAGGGGGAGGUGCAGAAGGCGGUGAACUCUGCGCGGGGCCUGUACCAGCGAUGGUGUGAGCUGCUGCAGGACACGCACAGUGUGGGCAAGGAGGAGUAUGACUGGACCACCAAUGAGCUUCGCAACAGCCUGCGCAGCAUCGAGUGGGAUCUGGAGGACCUGGACGAGACCAUCGGCAUUGUGGAAUCGAACCCUCGCAAGUUCAAGAUUGAGCCGGGGGAGCUGUUUGAAAGGAAGGCGUUUGUUGUGCAGACCAGGCAGACAGUGAAGGAAAUGAAAGACCAUGUUUCCAGCCCUUCUGCUGUGACGUUUGCUGAGAGGAAUGAAGGAGAGAACCUGUUUGUAGGGAUGGACCCUCUGCGGAAGCCCACGGAUCAAUAUAUACGCCUGGACCAGGAGGUGGAGACGGCUAACUGCCCGUACAUAGAGGACCAGCGGGCACAGCAGAGGCUAAUAUCAGACCAACAAGACCAACAGCUGGAACUGGUGUCUGGAAGCAUUGGAGUCCUCAAGAACAUGUCGGGCCGGAUAGGCGAUGUGCUGGAUGAACAGGCGGUGAUGCUGGAUGAAUUUUCCCAUGAGAUGGACAACACACACUCCCAUAUGGACAGCACAAUGAAGAAAUUAGCCAAAGUUUCUCACAUAACCAACGCUCGCCGGCAGUGGUGUGUGAUCAUCUCACUCCUUGUCAUCCUUGUUGUGGUCCUGGUCCUGAUAUUCACUCUGUGACCGACGGGUUGCAGCUUUGACUUUGGUAUUAAACGGGAUGGGUGGGGGGG